AUGUUAGCUCUGGCCGGCCUCCAGGAACAAUCCAGCGACAAUUGGAAUAUAGGCGCAGAGAUUUGGCGUCUGCGAAAACAAGCGCUGCAAGGCUGCGUUGAGAUAUCGACCCAAGCGAGCUCACAAUGGCAGAAUGACAUGCUCCAGUCUCGAGAAAUUCGUGGGUAUAAUUUCAGCUUUCCUGGUGCUAUGUUGGUCCUUGAUGAAGACGACAAGCUAUGUCUUACCACCACGGCGAUCCUUAUAAUUCUAUUUGCCAAGCUAUCCGGUCAAGCCUACGAUUCUAUUCGGCCGUAUCUGGACUUCGCCCAGGAAUAUUUUGCCUUUGAAGAAACGUUUGGUUCCUACACUGACAUCGCAUCGCGGCCGCCCAUCUAUGUUUUCCUCCGCAGCCUAUUCACUUAUAACCGGCUUCUGGCAUCUAUCGGGAGCCGACAACCGAUAUCCACGGGGCAUGACAGUUUCGAACAUUCGGCUAAUGGGCCGUCUCCUCCAACACAAAAUUUCCUUGCUCUACUAUCUCGCAUCAGCAAUCGUGUUGAAGACGUAAGCUCUAUAGAGAUAGAUCGAUGGGCAGGAGAUCUUGAUUUCAUCCCGAGUUUCAGCACCACCACAAAAGAGUCAAGGGGACAACCGUCGAUCUCGAGCCCUAGGCAACAAAACUUGUCAGACGACAGUUUUGCCAGCCUGGAUGAAGAGUGGGAACAGGAAGUUGUUGUGCGCGAGCUCUAUCGUGCUGCAGGCAAAAUAUACUUCUUCCAGCAAUUGCGAGAUCGUCCUAAAUUGUCAGACACAUUGACUACCAGAGCCUUUCCGCCGUUUGUUGCUCACGAAGAAAUUGGACGUCUCACCGGCUCCGCCAUAAGCUUGCUGAAGCGUCUACCGGAUUCUUCACCCUUCAAUAGCGCCUUGCUAUUCCCUCUCGGCAUAAUCGCCCCAGAACUGAGAGCCACCAAGGCGCGACGGUACACACUUGCCAAAUUGCGGCUACUGCAGGACACUCUCCAUUUCGACCAUUUCCAGAUCUUUGGCAAUGACUUGGUGGGUCGCUGGGCUCAAACCGACGCCGACGCAAGUCAUUGGCCACGGUCUAGCGGCUCUAUCUCGCGAGACCGAAUCGUGAGACUUGUCGGUUAA